AUGACUGCGGUGACAAACUUGUCAAACCGGCUGCAGAGUAGGACAAAUGAAGAGGAGAGAGAGUGCAGAUUGGUCAAGUCUAACAAUGGCCCGCCUUUGAAAGUUUACGACUUUCGUCAUGUUUCCAAGGACGAUAACUCUGCUGGGUCCAACGAUGUUCACCGGGUUCGGAAUCGGUGCCGGUUCAAGAAGUCAGGUGCUGUUGUCAAGCCGAAGGCUUGCCUGGUUAAUGUUGUGCCUGGGGGUGAGUUGAAUCGGUCGACGAGUCACGAGUCGUCGCUGAGUCACCUGUCUCAAGCAGCCGCGGCGGCGGCGAAUGUGGACGGUGAGAGCCGGGAGGUAGAGGAGAGCUUGGAUACUGCGGAGACUGAUGAGUCGAUUCUGAAGACGAAUGAUUCGGCUGGUGACGGCGAGAUUGAGCUGGAGCUGACGCUGGGGUUUGAGCCGGUGUCGAGAUAUCACAGCGUGAGUCAGGAGAGGAAUGAAGAGAGUCGUCGGCGUGAGUCGUCCGAUGAUAGGAUGGAGCUGGAGCUUGACAAGGAAGAAAGCACAGAGGAUAGCCACAGGGGGUGAUGGGUGGGACUUGAACCAGUGGAUUAUUGGAUCGUGAAGCUGGCCGAGGGCGUUGAUCAUGGGUAAGUUGCCUGCGUUGCCGAUGUCCUUGAUGUUCUCGACGCCAGAGGGGAGAGACGGGUGCGAUGGGAAGGGAAGGACCAGGGUUUGGAUUGAAGAUGGGCGGUGGGUUGAGAGGAGAGGGUGCAGGAUUGGGAGGUUCUUUGGUGUCACCAGAAUGGUUAUGGUGAUGCCACGGAGGGCUAGUUGGUGGGUUAGGUCCAGCAGGGGUAACAUGUGGCCUUGAGCUGGGUAUGGAAAUAUCAGGAUAUGAACUGGCUGUAACUGAGGAUGGGGACGCGCAGUUAUCACUGUAAAGUAGAGAGAGAAAGUGUGAGAGAGGUCUUGCGAGUUGACUGAGGUCUCAAAUUGGUUGAGGUCCGGCGGGCGGUCAAGGCAAAGUUGCCGCCCGCUAGAAGGCGAAAAACACCAAGAUCUUUAACCUAUAGCUCUGAUACCAUGAAAGAUAAAUUGAUAGAGAGAGAUGAUU